CAUUGCCAUGACAACGUCACACAACAGUGCACCGCUCUCUCACAAACUCGACACGAAUUCCUUCAAACUCAAGCGUUCAUCGUGUAUUAGUGCAGGAUUCCUGCUCUAUCGAGACACAUUAUGACAAAGAAGUGUAUCUGUCAGAUCUGCAGUUGUGGGCGGCACCGUUGUCCACACGGCUCUUCUGAUCCUAACCGGGUUAUUAACAAAGAACGCGAAGACAAAUGCAGUGUUACCGAGUACAAGGGAAAUUACCAUCGCAAAAGCGCCCAACGAGGUCCAUUCCACCGCCCCAGGGACCUUCUACACCCUGAAGGGGACAUCCCAGAUAACACCACUAGCAAAACGUCUUACAUAACGCACGAAGUUAGCCCCCCGAAGAAAAAAGAGCCCGAAAAGUAUGUCCCUAAUCCUAACAGGUUUGUGACUGUUUCUGAGAAUAAGGACCAUUACCGGGGCUCAAGGGCCCCGCCAGCGAGAAUGAACCCGUACCUAAAGGGCAUAACCAUGCGAGUUCCCUCGGCGCAGAUUCAGUACAUGUCCACAUCACAUGGAGACUACAGAACGUGGAAACCCGAACCGUUAGAGAAAAUCUCGCGCAGUAAAACAUACGCCCCGCCCGAACAGCCAUUCAACGAGACUUCAAUACAUAGACAGGACUUCAUGAGGUUUAAUCAACCUCCAAGACCGACAGCUCGGCAACCAGACAAGAUCAGGAUGUCCGGAUCCAUGGACAAGACUACGACUAAUCUCACGUACUUCACGCCCAAGAGAUCCCCCCCUAAGAUGGAGAAGAAGAGGGAUGAGUAUGUCGCCCCAGAGCAACCAUUCAGCAGCACGUCAAUCUUCAAGACAGACUACCAGGAUUUCCGCAACGCCCCUAAAGCCGCGAUGUAUCGGCCAAUUAGCGACCUCUUUGCGACAGACAAGCCCAUGCAGAGGGAAACCACUAAGAAUGCUGAUUUCCAAUAUUACAAAUUACGACGCUACACGGUGCAACGUGACACGUAG